CCUGGCAUAUCACUCAUUCAUAGACCUGCUGACCCUCGCCGACCCUUCGUCUCUCCAUCUCUAAACACCCAAGAUCCCUGCCGAUUCCUAUCCUGAUUUCGCCGGCCACGGUUCGCUUCUCUUGGACAAUCAGCAGCCCUCUCCGUCGACUCGAGUCCUCCCGAAACCAUCGUGGCAGUGCAGCUAAGCCCCCACGACUUCCACACCGUCCUCUCCUCUCGCGCUGAUGCGGCUUUUGAGGCUCCUUCGCUCCACACCCCCGGGCCCAAGACCGUGUUGCAGCCUCGCAGAACUGACUUGAACCUCACCGAUUCCCCUCGACCUUGGUCUUCCGUACCACCCUUCCACUCGACUAUCUGUCAGAUCCCCAAGGUCGGCUGACGUCGAUGAAUACCGUUGUGCAGCCUUCCCAGCCUGCACCGUCCCCCUCAUUGACGCUGGCGUUGCGACAAGCAUCCAUUGAUCGAACCUUCCUGUACACCAACAUUCCCCCAAGAAAUCCUUGACCGUCCCAUCGAUUUUUGGCUCUCGGAUCGUGGGAUAUUCCGCCGUCCCAAGUCUUUUCGGUCAAGGCUUGAUUCGGCCCUCGCUGUCGAUUUUUCUACCAUGUGAUAUUUCCGUCUAUCCAUGUCCAACUAUCAGGAUCCCGACCAAGUUUACGAUUUAGAGAGAGAUUUUCUCGCACCUGCCAGGAGUCCUGUUCUGCAGCCUGUAAACAUCAAUUACAGACCGGUCGCCACUCCUCCGCCGCUCGUGCCCAACUAUCCGUCGUCGGAAUCCUCAGACGACGACGACGACGAUGAUGACGAGGGUGAUGAUGACGAAACUGGCGGGGGCGGUCCUUCGGAGCGUCGGACAAUUCGAAAAAGUCGAACUGACCCAUCCUUGAGUGAUGGUGUACUGAUACGUUCAUUAGAUCCAAACCAGGUCGAGCUUGCAAGACUCGCCGAGAAAAAUGCACUUGCCUCAGCCUCGGAGGCAGAGGAGGAAGAGGAGGAGGGCAACAACAGUCAAGGCGAAACGCGACCAACUAGAAUCUCCAUUCAACACAAUCCAACCCAGAAUAACCCAUUAGAGCAAACUGAUACUGUGGAGGAAGAUCAAUUCAAUGACGAGGAUGGAGACUUUCCCAUGAUCGACUCACCCGAUAUCGUGCACGAUGUUGGGCAUACCAGUCAUCCCCCGAUGUCUCGGGAUACACACGACCGUGAUAGACAGCUUCGGACGCAGCGGUCGACACCGACGGACACAAUUGAGACUGCCACUGCCACUGCCCAGUGCAGACAGGCUGCGUUGGCAAAGGAAACCCUACGGUUGGACCUUGGAGACAUAAAGCAUGAUCCUAAUGAGUCCCUCAUAACAUCACCAGCUCUAGGAAAAUACGCCAUGACACCACGUUUUCCAGAUCCCGACGUGAUCUUGCCUGCCAUCCAAAAGUCGCCCCCUCGGUCUUCUCCUGCGUCCUCGCCACAGCACAAACAAACACUGCCUUCGCUGAGGACGCACCUAGGGGAAUUCGAUGCGAACUCUCCGGGGUUCGCAGGUCUAUCUCCCAUCGUAGGUCGUCCGUCCCCCCCUGGUCCGCUAGUAUCUCUUGGACGACCGUCUCCGCCAUUCCAACACCACCAGCCAACACACUCAACCAUGUCACCUCCCGCUCUCCCUGGACAAUUUACGUGGCGGGCAGUAACACGUGACAGCUCGAUAUCCUCAGAGUAUACUCCCACCAGCUCUGGAGCAGUGUCUACGCCGGCCUCUUCAGUCGUCCCUGUCCAAUCACCGGCGACGUCAAUAAGCGUACAAAAUCUGGUUUCGAGAUGGGACCGUGAGUCGGUGUCGGUGUCAGACACGCAUUCGUUGGACUCCUCGUCAGCAGGAGGAGCUGCACCCGAGUCGCGGCGUAAAUCCGAGGACGAGCAGUCACUGAACGGUGGAGGUGGUCUCCCAGCAUUGAGUCGAAUCACGGCAGAUGGUCUCUAUCAAUGUCUAUACCAAGGUUGCACCGCUGCCCCCUUUCAGACUCAAUACCUCCUCAACAGUCAUAUGAACGUGCACUCUGAUACCCGGACGCAUUUUUGUCACGUCGAGGGUUGUCCGCACGGUCCUGGUGGGAAAGGCUUCAAGAGGAAGAAUGAGAUGAUUCGACACGGCUUGGUCCACGAUUCUCCGGGUUACCCUUGUCCCUUUUGCCCAGAUCAACUUCACCGAUACCCCCGACCGGAUAACUUGCAAAGGCACGUUCGAGCACAUCAUAAAGAUCGAGACCGAGACGAUCCUCGAUUACGGCAGGUCCUGAACCAGCGCGCAGAAACUGGAGGACGUGGCAGACGAAGGAUGCGGUCGUCGCUUAUUUGAAUACCAAUACAAGACGACUCAAAACAAAACAAACCAGGUCAUACUUGCACUUGGCAUGUACAUGAUUGAGCAUUGAUUAGCCUCCAUCUCCGCAAUGCUCACAACUUUGUAUGGUACUGGACUGUCAAUUCUGAGAUUCAGGACUGGGGUUCGCUGGCUUGCGGCAACUUUACUCGACCGGUACCAGCACCGCCAACAUGCUCUCUGAAUUAGGAUCCGCGUACCCAGCCAAGACGAGACCAAAGAAAGUCGCCGGGAAACUGGAAGUGAAUUAUACACUGGACCGAAAGGCUGCGUGUGUGUGUAUUAUGCGUGUGUCGUAUGUUGUCUUGUGUCAUUGUGUUUUUUGAGGAAAGAAAGACAUGCAUGGUAACGUGUGUACGUGGUACGACAUUACGAUUUUUCUUCUUUGCUCUCUAUUCUUCUUCUUUCUUUUCUUUUUUUCCCUUUAUUACGGAUUAUUUUCUACUUUUACAAGACACCAGACAUAGCACGCUGGAAUUUUUGGGGGGGUUUCUCUCUUGGUUCUGGAAUAAAUUAUCGAAUGUUCACACGAAGGCAAGCGAGAAUUGGAGACGUUGUUUAACGUUGACUCGAAUCAUGUCAUAUCUCGGGAGCAUGGAAGGGAACAGGGCAAGAUAAGCAUGGACACACUUUUUUUUUAGCAGGACGUCAAGCAAUGAGCUGGCGGAGGAGAAGGAUCAGGAGCAACAACAACAACCACAACACGAGAUGCCUACCCACCUAGGGGCAAAACGAGGGUUGCUCUCAUACAUCCAUGAGUACCUAGCAUUCCAUUCCCCCCCCUCGUGACGGGGAGUUUACCUAGUAGGUAGUCACGUAGUCAAAGUCAAUUUGACACACUGCCGUAAUUCUGAUCGAUGACAAAAUGGCCGGUUGAAUAACUGUACCUGGAAAUAGAGUAAGUAGAUAUCUCACUUGGAGGGAGUGUAGAGUGUAUAGAGUACAAUACAG